AUGGCUGUCAACGCAAUUUCUUUACACUCAAGGAUGAAAGAGGUCCUGAUGAGAAAUGGGAUCAACCCCAGAACCUCUCAGGAAUGCGCCCUCAACGAAUUAAGAGACUGGUCACCAUCAACUGUCGAAAACGUUUUGGCGAAGGUUCAAAGACCUUGCAUUGGCCAUUGCCCAUUGAAAGACACCAGCUCCGACCCUGACGAGACCUUCAUCAAACAACGCUUUGGAAAGUGGCUACCACCAGCCUGGGUGCGGCCUCCCAUAGAAAUCGUACGACAGGCUGUUGCAGAGAAGAAAGCCCUCUGCGUGAACAGACGGUUCCAGUGGAAGCUAUGCAACUCGGAUUACUUUGCUGUUUCUCACGUCUGGGGGGAGGGCAUCCGAGCUGACCAUAGGGGCCGAGGCCUCUCUCGGCAACACUUGACCAGGGUCUUCAACGCUCUCGCCAUCACGGGUGCUGAGUGGAUCUGGCUGGAUGUCCUCGCCGUGCCGAACGCCGAUCCCGAGGGGAAGAAUUUGAGCCCAGAAGAAAAGAAACUACAGGUGGAUGUCAUCAACACGCUCCCACAAGUCUAUGAAAGGGCCACUGCUGUCAUCGUUUUCGACGCAAUGGUGCUGCAGAUGCACAAGGCUUCGUCCAUCGAUGUUGCCGUUGGGCUGGUCUGCGGUGCAUGGAUCUCUAGGGUGUGGACAUACCAAGAGAUUCGACUGGCGAAGAAAGCCAUCAUUGUCACUGCGGAUCAGAUGUUUACCUGGGACAAAAUCGUCAAGGAUUUACGGGAGCUGGUCGACACCGACAAGUCACGCCAAGGAGGACCGCCCAGUCAGAGCAAGUUCUACUCUCUGUAUCUUUCUAUGGCGAUUUUGCAAUACGUCGGCAAAGUCGGCCUUUCUCUGACCGACAUAUCGUUUGCGUCGGCGACGCGGCAGUCGACGUAUGAGAUUGACUACGCGCGGUCGCUCUUCGCGUUGGUCAACCUACCCUGGAACCCGAAAUGGACGACAUCCGCACCUGGUAUGCAAGCAAUCUACCAGAAUCGCCGUCAAGACGCUUCCCGGCUGGUUGCUAUGUACGGAGCCAAGAGAUUGAAAGUCAGUCCGCGGUGGGCGCCGUCUCGGCUGGCCGGCCUUGAGGGGACGGUUCACGGUGACAUGAUUUGGGAGGCUGAAGGGUUAAGGGGAUCUUGGCAUAAGGAGCGUAUCACCAAGUGCACCGACCUCGGAGUCGGCAGAGCACAACGGGCCAAGAGGCUUUCGCUGGGUGGCCAGAGCUCCGGUUUGUGGUGCGAGGUGCUCAUUGGCGCUGACGAGGAACCCGAUACCAUCAAUAGCUUCCACAGGGCUAUUUCGGAUGGACGGGCAUUCUUGAUUUGCAGACAUCAGAUCGCAGACGGCGUCGGGUUCGAGCGGGGAACGGCCAGCCAGGCGUUGGUCGUUGAGACCAUUGGAAAGAAAAUGGACGAUCAAGUGGAUGUCCUGUUUGCAACGGCGUUGAGAGCGGUAAAUGGAGCAUCCAGGAGCGAGCGGCGUUCCGUACUGCUCAGACAUUGA